AUGCCUCGUCCGACCAAUCGAGAAGAAGUCCUCGCGCGACUUCGCAAAACAGUUGCCGAUGGCUCCAUCAUCGUUGGAGCUGGAGCUGGAAUUGGCCUAUCUGCCAAGUCAGUCGAAGCAGGCGGCGCUGAUCUCAUCUUGGUCUAUAAUUCAGGCCGAUUCCGCAUGGCCGGCCAUGGAUCUCUGGCAGGAUUGAUGCCCUACUCCGAUGCCAACAAAGUGGUUGUGGAAAUGGCUUCGGAGAUUCUCCCUAUCGUGAAGAAUGCCCCUGUCCUAGCGGGAGUCUGUGGCACCGAUCCCCUCCGCGAGAUGCCCGCAUUCCUCGCCGAACUCAAGCGCAUUGGUUUCGUCGGUGUGCAAAAUUUCCCUACGGUCGGGUUGAUUGACGGGCAAUUCCGACAGAACCUCGAAGAAACGGGCAUGGGAUUUGACCGUGAAGUUGAAAUGAUCGCAGAGGCACACAGACAAGGGCUCGUGACGACUCCUUACGUCUUUAAUGAGGAGGAAUCGACCAAGAUGGCGAAGGCUGGAGCGGAUGUCAUCGUCGCGCAUGCGGGCCUCACGACCUCUGGCUCGAUCGGAGCCUUGAGCGGUAAGUCGCUCGAGGAUUGUGUGGGAUUUGUACAGGGGAUUCGAGACGCAGCUGCGCGAGUUAAUCCCGAUGUCCUGGUACUAUGCUACGGAGGGCCAAUUGCGCAGCCGUCGGACGCGGAGUAUGUGCUCUCGAGGACGGUGGGGGUGCAUGGCUUCUUCGGGGCGAGUAGUAUGGAGCGGCUGCCGGUGGAGAGAGCGAUCGAGGAGAAUGCGAAGCAAUUUAAGCGAUUGAGGAUUCGUUUGGAGUGA